AUGGCGAGCAAAAGAUUCGUCAAGUUUACUGAAGAGGAAAUUGCAUCGUUUACCGAAGACCAAGAAAAUGCCAAUACGAAGAAGAAAACUGUGUGUGAUCUAAAAUUAUUUAACGAGUUUCUUAACAGCGAGGAAGAGAGAAACAUAGAAAAUAUUCCAGCCGCCGAGCUCCAACAGUUGGCAAAGAAGUUUGUACCCGGAGUAAGAAAGAAAAAUGGCGAGGAAUAUGAACCAUCUUCUCUAAGAGGGUUUUUGCAAAGUGUUGACCGCUACCUCCGUAAAAAAGGAUGCACAUUUUCCCUUUUGACUACGACAAAAAAAUUCUGUGA